UGUAAAUGGCUGUUGAGGAUUGUGUUGAAUCUGAGGUAACGCCCCCAAAACUAAUGACAGCUCUGUCAUAGCAUCAGCGCUUAUUCUCGGUCUUCAGUCUACAAUUUGCUGAGCAGUCAAAAUGAUGGAAUGGAUCUCUGUAGCGCUGUUCGCUUUGCUCGCUCUGGAGGCGGAGACGACCAACAUCAAGUGGCAUAGUGCUGGGGCAGCAUUCGAUAAUGCCAAUGCCUGGCUGGAUGGUUACUUGCCCUGUGCUCAGGACAAGGUGGUCUUUCCCAGCUAUUAUCCGGCUGUGCUGCCAUUGCCCAAGGAGUUGGCAGUGGGCGGAUUCGUACUGCCCCGUCUGGGUGGCUUGCUGCUGGCAGAGGAUGCCACCGUACAACUCGGCGUGGGUUCGGGAUUGAAUAGAGAAUGUGACAGUGAUGAGAAGCGCGCCUACUUAAAGCCAGCCAAGACGAGCAAAUGGUUUGAUCCCAGCAGCUGGAGUGACCAGCCCAGCAGCGCCUCCCCCUCCAGCUCAGCCAUCGAUAGCUACUUCGAUCUGGAUCGCGUGCCCUGCGAUGAUGAGCAUGUGGUGAUCAGUGGCAAUAGCGGUCCGCUCUCGUUUGACUUGGAGAAUGUGGAGUAUCUUCGCUUGGGUCAGCUCAUCCUAGCGGGCUCCUCCAUAUCACGCAACUAUCUGCAGGAGCUGCUGAGCAGAGAUCUGGGCCAAUUGCUCUUCCAUAAUGCCCAGAAUGUGUUUGUGGAGUACUACAGAGGUGAGCUAUGUGGCUGCCACAUAGACUAUGAGAACUUGCUGGAACUGGUCUGCUCCCAUGUGGAGCCACAGUGCGAAGUGCCCCAUUGCGUCUCCCCAUUGCGCACAAAUGACGGCUGCUGCUUGGUCUGUGGCGCCAUGAUGCAUGUGAAUAGCGAGCACUGCGUAGAGGAGGAUCGCAAGACCUUGACUGGUCUUAUCAAUAGUUUUAUGGUCAAGGAGCGGCUGCAGGACGAGCUGCAGUUGCACGUGAACUUUGUGGGCUCGAGAGCAUAUGGCAAUGCUUUGCAGGCGAUUGUUGUGGAUCGAAAUGGCUAUAGCGAGCGUAGCGUGGAGUUUAUGAGACGUUUCGCUGCGCAACGGAAUCAGAGCAAAUUUCUGGCUCAGCAGAAAAAUUUGAAAAUCUUCUAUGCGGGCCAUCCAUAUAAUCCCAAUGUGAGCUUUGCCUCGGUGCUGCUCAUACUCUUCUGUAUUGUGCUUGUGGGCGUUGUCUCGUUGAUUGGCCUCGCCCACUUCAUGCCACAGAAUCCGUAUCUCAAUCGCAUACCACAAUGGAUACACAAUCCCCGGCGUUGGCGUUGGCAUCACUUGGGAUUGCGUUUGCCGCAGCAUUUGCUCUUCAAUCGAUUUGAUAAUGUGACAGCUGGAAUGGGAUCGGGAGGAGCAGGUGGUAGUGCAGUGGAACGCCUGGCUGUCAUUGGCUAUGAUGCAGAGAAUGAAGAGGUGCGUGAACGUGCCUUUGAUAAUCCCAUGUUCGAGCAAGCCGAGCAGGUGGCAGUCCUAGAAGAGCAGCCGGAAACAACUGCAAUGACAGCCAAGGUUGAAACUGGAGAACUGGACAGCUGCAGCGUAGAGGAGCAGGAGCUGACUGAAAUCAAUUUGGAGUCCUCUGGCGGGGAAAGUGAGAUCGAGGAGGAGACCAAGGAAUGA